AUCCAUUCGAAGAACCAGUGAAACCCCGGAUGUCCCAGUCCACAACAUCCGUUCCCGUGUCAGGUCAAAAUGCUCGCGCUGAGAGGGUUACAGAGGAUAAAGUCAGUUUUACCGCCACAGGGAAACACAGGUUUUAGAGGAAUCUCAGCCUCUUCAAAUGUGGUCCAAAGGAGAGAAGAUGUGCUGGUUAAGAUGGAGAACCCCUACAAAGAACCACAGAAAGGAUGUAUUCUCUGUAACGUACCUGUAGACUUUAAAAACACUCAGCUGCUGUCUCAGUUCAUCUCUCCUCAUACGGGGAGGAUCUACGGCCGACACAUCACCGGCUUGUGUGGGAGGAAACAAAAAGAAGUCACUAAAGCGAUAAAGAAGGCUCAGUCCACGGGUUUCAUGUCGGUGACUCACAAACAUCCACAGUUCAUGAAGGAUCAAAACAUCUGCAGCAUCAAACAUCUGGAUUAAUGCCUGUUUCUGUGUCUACUGUUGAACUGUUAUUAAAGUUUAUCUGUUCUAUUCAUGGA